AUGGAUUUGUCCCGCUCGCUGCACCCACAGUUCCAGAGGCAGGAGUUCCAGCUGCUCCCAGACACACCAGAGUCUUCAGAAACCUCAGGACUGAUCUCGUGGCAGCUUUUCUCCCGGGGCCCUGAGGAACCUGAUCUGUACACACGAGGUCCCCGGAGCAGGAGUGGGUCCCUGCGUCAGGGCUAUGGCUCGAGGCACCUGCUCCAUCUCUGCGGCGUAUUCAUUCCUGCUGUGCCUGCCGGGAGGCCCUCAGACCCGGGGGCAGUGAAGGUGGGGCUGGGCGGGGCCGGGGUCCCGGAGCAGCCCUCGCCUGCAGCCCCCGCACAGAUGAAGUGUGUCUUUCAGGUGACCCCUCGGGAGAGAAUGGCCCACAGGAGAGGCGGCACACGGAUGGCCUGGCUGCCCAUCCUGGUGGUAAGUGGCCAGGGCACCUGGGUAGGUUCCAGUGGGAGCUCCACCCGGCCGUGCCCUUCACCAGCCGUGUCCUUCUCGGCCUGUUUGUGUGGCAGCGACACGGGCAAUCACACACCCCCUUCACUGCGCUCUCCAAGGCGCCAGCAAAGCCCCGACUGGCCCCGGGCCCGAGGUGGCCGCUGCUCGGAGCUCCCUCGCCGGCCGCGUGCUCUGCGCUCCUGCAGCCACGGAGCGGGGGAAGCCAAGCCCCCGGGCUCCCCAGGAGUCGAGGGCCGUGGGGAGGGGAGUCGGGGGAGCUCCUGGGGUGGAGCGUUUGGGAUGGAGCCUACGACAGCAGGGCGGGGGCUGCCUGGUCAUUACCGAAGUCGCCAAAUCAGCGCCGGGGGCCGCAGGGCCCCGCCAGGUCCUUCCGCCACAACCUCCGGAAGCCGACCCCGAGUUGGGGGGCGUCUCCCAGGGCGCGUGGAGGCCAAAGGAGACCCUUCCUCGAGGCAGGCGUCCCUGGCAUGCUGGGCCGGAGCGGAGGACGCCACCUGCGGCGAGAACGAGUUCUACAACCAGACCGCGGGCCUGUGCCACGAGUGUCCCCCGUGCGGGCCGGGGGAGGAGCCCUACCUGUCCUGCGGCUACGGCACCAGAGACGAGGACUACGGCUGCGUCCCCUGCCCCGCGGAGAAGUUCUCCAAGGGCGGCUACCAGAUCUGCCGGCGCCACAAGGACUGCGAGGGCUUCUUCCGGGCCACGGUGCUGACGCCGGGGGACACGGAGCACGACGCCGAGUGUGGGCCCUGCCUGCCCGGCUACUACAUGUUGGAGAACAGGCCUCGGAACAUCUACGGCAUGGUCUGCUACUCCUGCCUGCUGGCGCCCCCCAACACCAAGGAAUGUGUGGGAGCUGUCUCGGGAGUCCCUGCCAGCUUCCCGCGCACGCCUGGCAGUAGCACCCUGUCCCCGUCCCAGCUCGUCCACAAAGAGCUCUUGGGCCAAGGACACCUGGCCACGGCCCUGGUCAUCGCCAUGUCCACCAUCUUCACCAUGGCCGUCGCCCUCGUCCUCAUCAUCAUGUUCUACAUCCUGAAGGCCAGGCCUCCCGCCCCAGGCCGCCCCCGUGCCCCGUGCCCGCCCCCCCCCACCGCUCCCCCCGACGCGAGCCGGCCGCCCACGCCCUCUGUACCCACAGCCUGCUGCCCCAGCGCCCCCGUGAAGAGCCCGGAAGCCCCCGUGAGCCAGGAGGAGGAGAAGAAAGCGGCCCCAGACAGCGUGGUGAUGUUCUCCGAGCAGGACGAAUUUGAGAAGCUGACGGCAGCUCCGGCGAAGUCGGCCAAGAGUGAAAACGACGCCUCAUCGGAGGAGGAGCAGCUGCUGAACCGGAGCCUGGACAGCGACGAGGAGCUGGCCCCCGACGGGCAGGGCCCCUCAGAGCUGUGCCUGCUGUCGCUGGUCCACCUGGCCAGGGAGAAGCCAUCCACCGCCACCAAGGCGGCCGGGAUUCAGAGUCGAAGAAAGAAAAUACUGGACGUGUAUGCCAAUGUGUGUGGCGUCGUGGAAGGCCUCAGCCCCACGGAGCUGCCGUUCGACUGCCUGGAGAAGACCAGCCGGAUGCUCAGCGCCACGUACAACUCGGAGAAGGCCGUGGUGAAGACGUGGCGCCACCUGGCCGAGAGCUUCGGGCUCAAGCGGGACGAGAUCGGGGGCAUGACGGACGGCCUGCAGCUCUUUGACCGCAUCAGCACGGCCGGCUACAGCAUCCCGGAGCUGCUCACCAAGCUGGUGCAGAUCGAGCGGCUGGACGCCGUGGAGUCCCUGUGCACAGACAUCCUGGAGUGGGUGGGGAUCCCACCGCCCGCCGCCCCGCCGCCCCCGGCGUCCUGAGCGGGGCCCGCGGACCCCGUGGCUGGGCUGCCUCCCGUGCACCAGGGACGCCUUGCUGGUCCGAGAAACGGGAGGAAACAGGCCCGUCUCCCGGUCUAACCAAAGACAGAAAUCCACGUGGACACGCCAACCCGCCGGCCUCGCCAGCCCCAGCGAAGUCUGUGCGCAUCCGUGCGUCCUACCCGCCACUCCCUCCUCCGCGGACACGGUCGGCCCCACCCGUGUGCACCAGCAGUGCCGGGAGGACAGACGUGAAGCCUCUGGUCCCUGGCUGCGGGGAGUUCACAGCCCGGGAGAGACAGACGUUCGCCUGGAAGACGGCACACAACCCGAGCGGGGGAGCGCUUCCUCUGGGAGAUGAAGCAGGUGGGCGGGCGUCGCCACGAGGAACACAGCUCCAAGGCUGCGAAAGCGGCAAGAGGCAGGCCCCGCGCCACGCCCUCCCGCUCCAGGCUCAGCGUGGGUCUGAAUCACCCACGUGGCCCUGGGUCACCGUCUCCCUGCAGCCCUUCCGGUCACACGGAAGCCCCUGCCACCGGCCCCACGCGCUGGUCCGCAGGGCGUCCGGUCAAGGGC